AUGGCGGAGGAGGAGGAGGAGGAGAAGAAGAUGGCGGCGGCGGUGGUGGGCGGCGGGUGCUGUCUGCGGCCCUUCUCCUGCGAGCAGGGGCUGCUAUCGCGGCCCGACGGCUCGGCCGCCUUCCUGCAGGGCGACACGUCGGUGUUGGCCGGGCUCUACGGCCCCGUGGAGGUGAAGGGCAGCAAGGAGCUCCACGACCGGGCGGCGCUGGAGGUGCUGCUGCGCCCCAAGGUGGGGCUGCCAGGCGUGAUCGAGCGCAGCCGGGAGCAGCUCCUCCGGCGGACCUGCGAGGCCGUGGUUUUGGGGGUGCUGCACCCCCGCACCGCCAUCACCCUGGUGCUGCAGGUGCUCAGCGACGCCGGCUCUCUGCUCUCCUGCUGCCUGAACGCUGCCUGCAUGGGGCUGCUGGACGCGGGGCUGCCCCUCUCCUCCCUCUUCUGCGGCGUCACCUGCGCCAUCGACGCCGACGGCGCCAUCGUCCUCGACCCCACGACCCGGCAGGAGCAGGAGGCGCGCGCCGUCCUCACCUUCGCCAUCGACAGCACCGAGAGGAAGGUGCUGAUGGCCACCACCAAAGGCAGCUGCUCCGUGGAGGAGAUGCAGCAGUGCCUCGCGGCGGCCCAGCGCGCCGCCGACACCAUCUUCCAGUUCUACCGCGACUCCGUCCGGCGGAGAUACUCCAAAUCCUGACGCCGGGGACACUCCCCCGGGGCAGCCGGACUGUCCCCCACGUCCCCCACCUGGCCUGGCCGCCCCCCUCAGCAGUCAGUAAAGGACCCCGUCUCCCCUCCGCUGUGCCUCUGAGUCCGUCCAGCGCCACACGGGGCCCCCCCACCGGCUCCCGACCCCCCCAAGGAGGGGGACACACGGGGACAUGUCUGGGGACACAUGUCCUGGCACCCCCCCCCACCCCGUUCCACGGGGACCCCCAAGAUGGCGGCCCCCGUGUACCGUACACACUGGUACACUCAAGAUGGCGCCCCCGUAGCACCUCAGUUAUGGGUGCUGCCACAGUGUGACCUUCCCAAGAUGGCGGCCAGCAGUGUCCCGCAGGGGUACACCCGAUAUGGCGGCCCCAACAGUGGCACUUCAGUUAUGGGUGCUGCCACACUGUGACCUUCCCAAGAUGGCGGCGACCGGAGGGUCGUGGUUCGACACACACACACCACCACCACCCCCCUCCUGGGCGGGGCUCGCGGCGCCGCGGCCAAUGGGGUUGUAGCGUUGGGGAGGAGCGGGCGUUGCCGUGGCAACUGGCCCCGGAAGUGCGGAGGAGGGAAAAGAAGAGCCGGGGAAGCGAAUAGU